UGUGAGAAGGAGGAAGAGAUUGAAUGGAUUUACAGGAAGGAUUUCAAGUAAAUUCAGGGAAACACAUUUACUUGAACAGAAUAACCUUGGGUCUUGUUUUACACUAAGACCAUACAAAAGAUGUUCAAGUUAUCACUAGGCUGCCGGACAAGCAUAAUUCCAACACCAAGGUGCAGGCCAGCGUAGAUCUGUGAUUCAGACCUCAGGAUUUGUUUUGGAAAGAGUUCAAGCAUUGGGAAGAAGUCAGAGCAAGUGAAGAGAACUUGGGAGCUACAGUCUAUCAGAAGACCAGCUUUCGUCAGUUCAAAUACCAAAGGCCUGGUUAUCAUAAAUUCACAUAGGAAUGCAUAGGUUAUUUGGUCAAAUAAUUUUAGCCAGCUUUUGCUCCAUCAACACCGCAAAAGUUCUUAACAACUGUGGAUAAUUAGAAAUCUGACCUUCAGCUUUCUUAGAAAUAACUACUAUUGACGUAUUCUAAAAUAUUUAAAGCAGGAGAAGAAAAUGGAGUGAGGAUGCCGUGUUCAGAAAUAUCACUGUCAUGAAGAAUAGGUAAAUUUGUUUUUACAGCUCCUGGCAAAGUGUACCUCCAAGGAACCUGGAUUAUUAUUAUUAUUAUUUUUUAAGUGGACAAGGAUUAAAAAUAUCGACUUUUGCCUUUGGAAAAAAAUGCAUUGGACUGUAUUUUUACUUAGGGUUACUGUGGGCUUCCUCUGGAGCAGCUGGGUUCAAGUGGGUUGUGCAAAAGGAAGCUUGGGAGACAAUCAUGUUCACUCCAGUUUUAUUUAUAGAAGACUACGGAACCACGAAAGACGGGAGAUACAGAGGGAAAUCCUCUCUAUUUUGGGUCUGCCUCACAGACCCAGGCCCUUCUCACCUGGCAAGCAAGCCUCGUCUGCACCCCUCUUCAUGCUGGAUCUGUACAAUGCCAUGACCAGUGAAGAAAAUCCUGGGGAGUCGGAAUACUUGGUGAGGGUAUCCCUGGCAGGAGAGGACAAGGAGGCAAGAAAGGCGUACCCAGCCUCUCCCAACGGGUAUGCCCAUCGUAUGCAUUUAUCUCCAAGGAUUCCUCUGACCACUCGGAGCCCACCUCUUGCCAGCCUACACGAUACCAACUUCCUAAAUGAUGCUGACAUGGUCAUGAGCUUCGUCAACUUAGUUGAAAGAGACAAGGACUUUUCUCAUCAGAGAAGGCACUACAAAGAAUUUCGGUUUGAUCUCACCCAAAUUCCACAUGGAGAAGCAGUGACAGCCGCUGAAUUCCGGAUAUAUAAGGACAAGAGCAACCAUCGAUUUGAAAAUGAAACAAUUAAGAUUAGCAUAUAUCAGAUCAUCAAGGAAUACACAAAUAGGGAUGCUGAUCUUUUCCUGCUAGAUACAAGGAAGGCGCAAGCUGUAGACGUGGGCUGGCUUGUCUUUGACAUCACUGUGACCAGCAACCACUGGGUGGUUAAUCCACAGAAUAAUUUGGGUUUACAGCUCUGUGCAGAGACAGGGGACGGACGCAGCAUCAAUGUGAAAUCCGCUGGUCUUGUGGGAAGACACGGGCCUCAGUCAAAACAGCCAUUCAUGGUGGCCUUCUUCAAGGCAAGUGAGGUACUUCUUCGAUCCGUGAGAGCAGCCAGCAAACGGAAAAAUCAAAACCGCAAUAAAUCCAGUUCUCAUCACGACCCCUCCAGGAUGUCCAGCGCUGGAGAUUAUAAUACCAGCGAACAAAAACAAGCCUGCAAGAAGCAUGAACUUUAUGUAAGUUUCCGGGAUCUGGGAUGGCAGGACUGGAUCAUAGCUCCAGAAGGCUAUGCAGCAUUUUAUUGUGAUGGAGAAUGUUCUUUUCCACUUAAUGCCCAUAUGAAUGCCACCAACCAUGCCAUAGUCCAGACUCUGGUACACCUGAUGUUUCCUGACCACGUCCCCAAGCCUUGCUGUGCUCCAACCAAACUAAAUGCCAUUUCUGUCCUGUACUUUGACGACAGCUCCAACGUCAUUUUGAAGAAGUACAGAAAUAUGGUAGUACGUUCGUGUGGCUGCCACUAGCCCGAAGUAAUUGUUGCAAUAACGAAACAGAUCUGUAUUAUGUUUAUGACUGCAAUAAAAGAAGGGAAGUGGGGAAUUUCCUAAAAUCAGUCUGGGUCAUUCCAUUUCUCUCUAUAUGGUAUCAUGUAUAUCCACAUUUUAUUUAUUUAAAAAUAUAUAUUCUUUUUGGAUGCCAUAUCAGUAAAAUCUAUUUUUAAAGGUUCCCAUAUCAUAUAAUAGAUUUCUACUCUAAUUCUUGAUGAGUGUGCUGAGUCCAGUUUAAUUCUAUGCCAGUAUUUCCCCAAUAGUAUUAU